CUGGGUGCGCGGGCAGCGCCCCGCCCUGCCCCGCGAAGCCACCGUGGGGUCCCCGCGCAGACCCAGCGACCGAGGGGCCGGGCUGAGCCUCGGGCCAGGCUGGUCCCCCUGCAGCCCAGGGCCUGGGGGAGACGCCAGGCGGCGAGGUAGCCUUGAGAACUUGCUGGCGAGACACUGGGCUCUGGACUCCAACAGGGCUGAGUCACACCCUGGCUCUACCACUCGGGAAUUGUGUGACUUUGAGCAAACCUCGGACUCUCUUGGAAGCCCCAUUUUCUGCCUGUAAGACUAUUCUCCUCCCUUUCUCCUGGAGCAGCACUUCCAAAGCUGCAGGGAGGCUGACGUGACCUGACAGCUUGUCCAGGGGCCAUCACCGGUGGUGGAGGUUGGGGUGAGAUGGGAAGAAGAAAGGGACACCUGCUCAGCAAACUUUUGCUUCCAGCCACCAAAGGCAGAGGGAAAACCAAGCUGCUGCUAUUGACAGUACAACCUGAAGGAGGUGGAGCCGUCCCCAGGGAGCCUCUGGGGCUUGCUGACAUCCACGACUACCAGCUGCAGGCGCCGGCCCACUCCUCAGCCCCUGCUGGGGCCCCCCAGGAGCGGUGGCGCCCCCUGGAGGAGCGACUGGGAAGGCUGGAGGCUGAGGUCACAGAGCUCAGAGAACAGAACAAAGACCUGCAGGGGAGGGUGAGGCAGCUGGAGUCCUGUGAAUGCCACGCGGCUUCGCCCCAGUGCUGGGGGCUGGGUCGGGCCUGGCCCGAGGGGGCUCGCUGGGAGCCUGAUGCCUGCACAGCCUGUGUCUGCCAGGACGGGGCUACACACUGUGUCCCCCAGCCUGGGCUGCCCCAUUGCCAUGGCUGUAGCCACAAUGGUCAGGCCUAUGGCAAUGGGGAGACCUUCGCCACAGAUGCCUGUACCACCUGCCGCUGCCUGGAAGGAGCCGUAACCUGCACCCAGAAGCCAUGCCCAAGAGGACCCUGCCCGGAGCCGGGAGCGUGCUGCCCGCACUGCGAGCCCGGCUGUACUGGAGGCCACAGGAGUGGGGAAACGUGGCAACUGGAGCCCUGUGUCAUCUGUACCUGUCAGGCAGGGACGGUGCAGUGCCAGGGGCCCUCAUGCUCAGAGCUCAACUGCCUGGAGAGCUACACCCCACCUGGGGAGUGCUGCCCCAUCUGCCGGCCAGGCUGUGAGUAUGAGGGACAGCUUUAUGAGGAGGGGGCCAACUUCCUGUCCAGCUCCAACCCUUGUCUCCAAUGCUCCUGCCUGAGGAGCCUGGUUCGCUGUGUGCCCGUGAAGUGCCCGUCCACCCCCUGCCCUGAACCAGUCCUGAGGCCCGGGCGCUGCUGCCCGACCUGCCAAGCCCAAGGCUGCACAGAAGGUGGUUCUCACUGGGAGCAUGGCCAAGAGUGGACCACACCUGGGGACCCCUGCCGGAUCUGCCAGUGCCUGGAGGGCCACAUCCGGUGUCACCAGCGAGAAUGUGCCAGCCUGUGCCCAUACCCUGCCCGGCCCCUCCCGGGCACCUGCUGCCCUGUGUGCAAUGGCUGUUUCCUAAAUGGGCGAGAGUACCGCAGCGGGGAGCCCGUGGGCUCUGGGGACCCCUGCUCCCACUGCCGUUGUGCCAAUGGGAGUGUCCACUGUGAGCCUCUGCCCUGCCCACCCACGCCCUGCAGACACCCAGGCAGGAUCCCUGGGAAGUGCUGCCCAGUCUGUGACAGCUGUGAGUACCAGGGACACCAGUAUCAGAGCCAGGAGACCUUCAGACUCCAAGAGAGUGGCCGCUGUGUCCGCUGCUCCUGCCAGGCCGGCGAGGUCUCCUGUGAGGAGCAGGAGUGCCCGGGCGCCCCCUGCACCCUGUCUGACUCUGGCCCCCAGCUCUGCCCAGCCUGCGUGCUUGGUGUAGAGGAGUUUGCUGAGGGGGUCCAGUGGGAGCCUGAUGGUCAGCCCUGCACAACCUGUUCCUGUCAAGCUGGGGUGGCCGUGUGCAGGGCUUUGCUCUGCUCCCCAGCCCCCUGCCAGCACCCCACCAAGCCCCCUGGUGCCUGCUGCCCCAGCUGUGAGAGCUGCACCUACCACGGCCAAGUGUACGCCAACGGGCAGAACUUCACAGAUGCAGACAGCCCUUGCCACACCUGCCACUGCGAGGAUGGGACCGUGACAUGCUCCUUGGUCAACUGCCCUCCCACAACCUGUGCCAGGCCCCAGAGUGGACCCGGCCAGUGCUGCCCCAGGUGCCCAGACUGCAUCCUGGAGAAGCAAGUGUUUAUGGAUGGCGAGAGCUUCUCCCACCCCCGAGACCCCUGUCAGGAAUGCCAGUGCCGGGAAGGCCAUGCCCACUGCCAACCUCGGGCCUGCCCCAGGGCCUCCUGUGCCCACCCGUUGCCUGGUCCCUGUUGCCAGAACAACUGCAAUGGCUGCGCCUUUGCUGGGAAAGAGUACCCCAACGGAGCAGACUUCCCCCACCCCUCCGACCCCUGCCGCCUGUGUCGCUGUCUGAGCGGCCACGUGCAGUGCCCGGCCCGCCGCUGCCCGCCCUUGCCCUGUCCAGAGCCACUCCUGUUGCCAGGAGAGUGCUGCCCGCAGUGCCCGGCCACUCCCUCUGGUUGCCCUCGGCCCGGGGGCGGGGUCCCCGUCCGUCACCAGGAGCACUUCUCCCAGCCCGACGACCCCUGCCGCCGCUGCCUCUGCCUCGACGGCUCCGUGUCCUGCCAGCGGCUGCCCUGCCCACCGGCGCCCUGCGCCCACCCGCGCCAGGGCCCCUGCUGCCCUUCCUGUGACGGCUGCCUGUACCAGGGGAAGGAGUUCGCCAGCGGCGAGCGCUUCCCUUCGCCCACUGCCCGGUGCCACAUCUGCCUCUGCUGGGAGGGCAGCGUCAGCUGUGAGCCCAGGGCCUGUGCCCCAGCACAGUGCCCCUUCCCUGCCAGGGGUGACUGCUGCCCUACCUGUGAUGGCUGCGAGUACCUAUGGGAGUCCUACCUGAGCAGCCAGGAGUUUCCGGAUCCCCGAGAGCCCUGCAAUCUGUGUACCUGUCUCGGAGGCUUCGUGAACUGUAGCCGCCGGCCCUGUGAGCCUCUGGGCUGCAGCCACCCGCUCACCCCGUCUGGGCACUGCUGCCCGACCUGCCAGGGAUGCCUCUAUCAUGGGGUCACCGCUGCCCCCGGAGAGACCCUUCCUGACCCGCUCGACCCCACCUGCUCCAUCUGCACCUGCCAGGAAGGCUCCAUGCGCUGCCAGAAGAAGCCGUGUGCUCCAGCUCUGUGCCCCCAUCCCUCCCCAGGGCCUUGCUUCUGCCCUGUUUGCCACAGCUGCCUCUCUCAGGGCCGGGAGCACCAGGACGGGGAGGAGUUUGAGGGGCCCGCAGGCAGCUGUGAGCGCUGUCGCUGUCAGGCUGGCCAGGUCAGCUGUGAGCGGCUGCAGUGCCCACCUCUGCCCUGCCCACUCCAGGUCACAGAGCCGGGGAGCUGCUGCCCUCGCUGCAGAGGCUGCCUGGUUCAUGGGGAGGAGCACCCUGAAGGCAGUAGCUGGGAGCCCCCCGACAGCCCCUGUUCCUCCUGCAUGUGUCAUGAGGGUGUCAUCACCUGUGCCCGCGUCCAGUGUGUCACCUCCUGUGCCCAGCCUCACCUGGGGCCCCGUGACUGCUGCCCUCCAUGCUCUGCCUGUGAGCAUGAGGGUCAGAAGUAUGAGCCUGGGGAGAGCUUCCAGCCUGGCGCAGACCCCUGUGAAGUGUGCACCUGUGAGCUGCAGCCUGAGGGAACUCCCAGCCUUCGCUGUCACCGGCGGCAGUGUCCCAGCCUGGUGGGCUGUCCCGCCAGCCAGCUCCUGCCCCCUGGGCCCCAGCAUUGCUGCCCCACCUGUGCCCAGCCGCUGAGUCCCUGCACGGAGCACCUCCGGGGGUCUAAGCUGGCCCCGCCAGACCCCUGCUACACCUGCCAGUGCCAGGACCUGACUUGGCUCUGCAUUCACCGGGCCUGUCCUGAGCCCAGCUGUCCCCUGUUGGAGCGCCAUACCCCCCCUGGGAGCUGCUGUCCCGUGUGCCAGGAAUGUGUGGUGGAAGCUGAGGGCCGGAGAGUGGCAGAUGGAGAGAGCUGGCGGGACCCCAGCGACGACUGUAUCACUUGCACCUGCCGUCGGGGCCGCGUGGAGUGCCACCUGGAAGAGUGCCAGGCCCUCUCCUGCCCCCACGGCUGGGCGAAGGUGCGGGAGGCUGGCAGGUGCUGUGAGAGAUGCCAAGCCCCCGCCCAGUCGUGCGCGCACCAGGGCCGGCAGGUGGCCUCCGGGGAGCGCUGGGCCGUGGACGCCUGCACCAGCUGCUCCUGCGUAGCCGGCGCCGUGAGCUGCCAGAGCCAGCGCUGCCCGCCGCUCUCCUGCGGGCCCGACGAGGCCCCCGCCCUGCGUCCCGGCAGCUGCUGCCCCCGCUGCCUGACCCGGCCCGCUUCCUGCAUGGCCUUCGGAGACCCUCAUUACCGCACCUUCGACGGCCGCCUGUUGCACUUCCAGGGCAGCUGCAGCUACGUGCUGGCCAAGCACUGCCGUGGAGGCGACUUUAGCGUGCACGUGACCAACGAUGACCGGGGCCGGAGCGGCGUGUCCUGGACCCACGAGGUGGCCGUGCUGCUGGGAGACGUGGCCGUGCGGCUGCUGCAGGGCAGGGCGGUCACGGUGGACGGGCGCCCCGUCGCCUUGCCCUUCUUGCAGGAGCCUCUGCUGUAUGUGGAGCUGCGGGGACGCACGGUGAUGCUACACGCCCAGCCGGGGCUCCAGGUGCUGUGGGAUGGGCAGUCCCAGGUGGAGGUGAGAGUGCCUGGCUCCUACCGGGGCCAGAUUUGUGGGCUCUGUGGCAACUUCAAUGGCUUUGCCCAGGAUGAUCUGCAGGGCCCUGAGGGGCUGCUCCUGUCCACUGAGGCUGAGUUUGGGAAUAGCUGGCAGGUCCCAGAGGGGCCAGGACCUGGUCGGCCCUGUUCCAAGGGCCGUGAGGUGGAUCCAUGCCGGGCAGCAGGGUACCGUGCCAGGCGUGAGGCCAACGCCCGGUGCAGGGUGCUGAAGUCCUCCCCGUUCAGUCGCUGCCAUGCCGUGGUGCCACCAGAGCCCUUCUUUGCCGCCUGCGUGUAUGACCUCUGUGCUUGUGGUCCUGGCUUCUUGGCUGACAAAUGCCUCUGUGACGCCCUAGAAGCCUAUGCCAGCCACUGUCGCCAAGCAGGGGUGACUCCUGCCUGGCGGGGCCCCACGCUCUGCGUGGUGGGCUGCCUCCUGGACCGUGGCUUCGUGUUUGAUGAGUGUGGCCCACCCUGUCCCCGCACCUGCUUCAACCAGCAUGUCCCCCUGGGGGAGCUGGCGGCCCACUGCGUAAGGCCCUGUGUUCCCACCUGCCGGUGCCCCGCAGGCCUGGUGGAGCACGAGGCCCACUGUAUCUCACCCGAGGCCUGCCCCCCAGUCCUACUCACUGGGGACCAGCCACCCAGCACUCUGCCCAACCCCAGCCAGAAGCCCCAGGGCCAGGAACCCUGAGCCAGGACGACACCGACCAGAAUUCAUCAGGCUAGAAGUGUCCCCUCGGAGAGAAGCUCCCACACUGCCCGGGCAUCGGGAGCCUGGCUCUGGGCCCCGCAAAGGCCCCAGCCGUGUGGAGUCAGAAGCAGUAAACUCGGGAACUGCCCUAAGGUUUCUCUGUGUGAAUGUGUGCUGCCUCUGGGCGCUGCGCUGGUGGUGUGGGCUCUUUGGAACAUGGGGUCCAGAGGUCAGUGUCCCCAGACUCAGGGUGGUAGCAGCUGUGGGGUGGACUUUGCCCACUCUCUGCGCCUGCAUCUCUGGGCUGCCCCUACCUGCCACACCCUGGUGCUGCCUGGGAAACCCUGCGAUGGGCAGAAGGAGGACCCAGGUGUCCUGGUCCCAGCCCUGUGUUUACAUGUAGCAGGCACGGCCUGUGGCCCCCGUGUGCGGCCCUCUGUGGGGCUCUCUGUGGAUCCAGGUGGAAUCCUGCAGGGGCUGAGGAACACUGGGAAGGGGCUCAGUGCCCACAUGGCAUCCCCCUUUCCUUGGGGAUAUUGAGCGCUCAGGCACCUCCCGGGCCACCCUAAGAGCUGGUGACACAAGGACCCCACGCCUGGGUGGGGAACAGGAGAGAAUGUUUCUGUGAUGACAUACAGACACAUGUGAUGAAAUACACACACACACACCUCAAAAACCCAGAUAAACACAUGCAUGUAUCCCUCGUGUGUUCGCAGCUACACCCACCCCUGACGGACAUGUGGGCAGGGGACACACAUGUGACUUUCAAAGACAUCCUUAUAGGGGAAAGGACGUGGGUUUUGAAAUAGGAAAAAAAAAUCUCUUUCUUUGACAAGAAAAGUCUCUUUUCAAAGAGAACUGUAUUUUGAGUUCUCUCUGCUACCUACCAGCUAUGUGACCUUGGUUUUCUUAGGGACCUUAGCUAAAGAUUGGGGUUGGGGGGACCCUGGUAUUCCAACAGGGAGUGAAGGGAGGGCGUUGGGCUGAACCAACCCCCCCCGCCCCCGCCCCAGCCUGCUUCCUCAGCCUGCUUCUGCUGCGGCCCCUUUCAUGGAGCGGUUACAAAGCGGCAGGCAGGCCAGGCUGCUCAUGACGGCAGGGGAUGCGAAGACUACAGACCAUCACGUAUGCCUGUUCCCUCCCCUUGUCGUUACUUCUACAAACUGUGUCCUUAUCUGCUGUAUCUCGUGUGUUGCGGAGAAUAAACAGAGCAUGGACAGCUUGGAGCAAGCACUAGGGAAGCGCGUUACUACUCACACUCGGGACCACAUUUUCCCAGAGGCUGUUUCUCGUGCUGUCUGUCCCCAGAUGAGGGAGACAGUGCCAUGUGUUAGGUAGGACAGCUUACUCUCUGGGGCCCGGUUUUCUUUUCUGUGAAAUGGGGAUGAAAACGAUACCACCUACUUCAUAGAGUUGCUUCAAGGAAGGAUUACGUGUACGUAGCAUUUUGUGUCCUGGCAUACAGUUAGUUGUUGGGAGCUGCUGCCUGUAUUGGGCAUAUAUCACAUACCAUAUAAUGCAGUUGCAAGCUUCAGAUAUACAUUUGACAUUUGAACAACACGGGUUUGAACUGCACGGGCCCACUUAUGCUCAGAUUUUUUUCAAUGGUAAAUACCACAGCACUACACCAUCCCAGGUAGGUUGAAUCCUCGGAUAUGGAGGGCAGACUAUAAGUUAUAUGUGGAUUUUUGACUGCAAGGAGGGUUGGGCCCCUAACCCCCGCGUUGCUUAAGGGCUAACCGUAUGUAUAAAAUAGAUGCUCAUUUGGGACUGCAAACACAUGCGCACACGUCGCUCUCUAUCAGGGCCACAGUCCUCACCUCACACUGCCACCCACGUGGCCGAGAAACCUGCAUCAGAGUCAGGUUUCUCUGAGACUUGGCUGGGGCCCAGGCCCUGGCUCAGAUGUCAGGGCCCCACGUUACUGAGCCCAGGAGCCUUUGUCUCCUCCUUGCGCCUGUCCGCAGCUCCUCAUCUUCCUCCUCUCUCCAGGAGCAGCUGGGGGAGGGGAGGGGGGUGGACGUCCUCCCUGGCCCCCUGCCCCAUGGAGCAGGCAGCCACACCUGGGGGCCUAGGGCUCCCCUGUAGCCCCAAGCAGGCCUUGGCCCUGUACCAGCACCUCUUCCGGUGCCCUGCAGGCCUGGGCCAGCUCUGGGCUGCCCUGCAACAGGUGAGGGUGACAGGGCACCAUCUACGAGGGGGCAGGCUCUCCAUGGGGUCUGACUCCACCUUGCCUCCCCAUGUGGGAGAUGGCCGGACCUGUCCCUCAGGCCUCGAACUGCCCACCGUGCUGCUGCAGAUGGAGCGGAGCCGGCGGGCCCAGGAGCAGGUAGGCGGUCGUCGGCCAGGGAGGGUGGCAGAGCGCAGGAUGCGUGCCCGCUCACAUCCUGGCACCCCACCUUCCUGCAGCUCCUGUGGGAUUUGGAGCUGCUGACCGGGGCGGGGCUGGGCGUCUCCUGGCCCCCCUGGGCCCAGUUCUGCGGUCUGAGGGACCGGGCCCAGUGUGCGUGGAGCCAGUGCAGCAAGCCCCGUGGUAGGACGGAUGGGGGCUCUGAGCGGCGGACGAGUGGGGUGAGCUGGGGUGUGGCUGAGGGCGGGGGUGUCAGUGAAACACUGGGGCACUUGUAGUGGUUGAGAAGUGGAAGGAAUGUGGGCUCUGGAGACAGAUGGAUCUGGGUUCAAAUCUCUGCUCUGACGCUCCCUGUGGACCGUAAGCCUGUUUCCUCAGCUACAAGAUGGGGAAGAUAAUAGCUCUUUUUCAGAGCACUGCUGGGAGGAUUGUGAACUCAUCUGUGUAAAGGAUUUAGCACCAUGCCUGGCAUACAGGACCAUUCUGGCUUGCUACCAUUCCACAGUGAACUAUCUUGGUCAAAUCAACAGCGUGGUGACACCUAGAAGCCUUUAGACAUGGCUGCAGCAAGGGAGGAAAGCAGGCCUGGCGGUGCCCAGAGGGCAGAGGCACUGAUGCCCAGGGUGGCCCAGAGAUGAGACCCUGAGCAGCCCCAGCCCCAGGCCCCUCCUUCCGGGGCUGGUGGCUGGUCCCACCCUUCUAGGAAGGAGGGUGCUGUGGUGACUGGGAACUAGGAUGUGCCUCGAGUCCUGGCUCAGCCACCAACUGCCUGAGGCCCUUUGGGCAGAAUUCCAGGCUGUGCCCAUCGCCCCAGGCUGAGGACUCCCUGAGCCAGGACCGUCAGCUUCUGGAGGGGUGAGUCUCCCAGGGAAUUCUGUCCACUCCGUGUUGCCACACAAAGUGACCAAACACUGGACCCUUUGCCCUGUCUCCCUCCACAGCCCUGCCCAGCGACCCCUCCUCGGGCCCCCAGAUCCUCCUGGGGUUCUCACUCAGUUGUACCCAUGUGGUUGCCCCACAGCCUCUGGACAGGGUAACCCUGAGUUCCAGCUCCUGGAACCCAGUGGUGGGUGCAGGCGUGGGGAAGGCCUCCGUGGACUGAGUUUCGAUCUUGGGGUGGGAAGGCUCCGCAGCCUGCUGUGGGUGAGGAGUCUGGCAGACAGGCUGCCCCCAGCCAAUCGGAGCCCAGAUGCAAGAGGUGCACCUGAGGCAGCCUUUGCACUCCUGCAGGGGGCUGGCAAAGGACCCAUCAUCAGCCCUGGAUCUGACUGAAGCCAGGUUUGCUGCAGACCCAAGGUGGGAGAGCCCUGGCAUGCCUGCAGAAGGGCCCACAUCUGGUUGCUCACAAGAGCUGAACCUCACCACCAGCAGUAGCUUUGGAGAACCAGGAAGCUCAGAGUUCAAGGUGAAAGGGUCGAAGCGUCCUGGGCAAGACCCCUCUCAGAUUGGGGAUAGCAGAGGUGGGGUGUGCCUGGGAGGAGACUGCAGGGGUGAGAAGCCCACAGCCAGGUGGAAGAAGGGGCCAUCACUGAAGCACCUUUUACACUACAUAACAUGGGUUUUACGAAUUUAGGAAUCGGGCAAGGGCCCUAAUGGAAGUGAGGCCCACUGGGGUAGCCACUGGGGUCUCCAGGCUCCCCUGGGGGAAGUGGCCCUGGCACGAGGAUUCCCUCACAAACCCGGGAAAGGUGCUCUUCCUUCCUAGGAGCUGGCCCAGAGGGAAGACGGGGAGCUAGCAGGGCCCAUGCCCAGGGGCCCCAUCAACCACCAUCCAGAAGCCUACAGGAGAAGCUGGCUCAGGGAGCCCCAGGGCCCUCAGGCCUCCCCUCCCAGGGCCUGCCAGAACCCCCGGAUCCCCUGGAGGGGCUGAGCUGCAGCCUGGGCCAGGAGAGAGCAGAACUAAAGAAACUGCUAAGAAUUGAGAUUCCUCAGAGUCAGAGAGAGGGGGCCCCUCAGGAUCAGAGAGGGAAGGCCCUCCAGGGGGAGGACAAAGAAGUUCCCCCAAGUAAGAGAGAGAAGACAAACGAGGGUCAGAGCGGGGAGGCCCCUCAGGCUCUGAGGGAAGAAGUCUCGGAAGGUCAAAGGUGGGAGGCCUCCCAGGGUGAGAACAAAGAGGCACCUCGAAGUCAAAGCGGAAGUCGCCUUAAGUGCCGGAGAAAGGAGGUCCUCCCGGAGCAGAGCGAGGAUUCUCCUCAGGGCCCGGAAGUGAAGACGCUUCAGUCUUCCGAGGGCAGAAGCCGUAUCUCACAAGCCUGGGAGGUGGCUCGGGGAGAGGCACCUACACCGCCCCGGGAGGAAGGCGGCUCCCUGGGGAUUCCGGGGGGCUUCUGCAGGCCCCUGGGAGAACGGAUGCCGCAGCCUGGGGGAAGGGAGGGCGCGCACCCGCGGGGAAGAACCACGCAGCUGAGGCAGGUUAAGACCGGUGGCCCGAGAGGAGAGAGCGCAGCGGCCGUGAGAGAGCAGGGGCCCGCCCGGGAAGGGGCGCCGGCUCCCCUUACGCCCCCGGGGCCUCCGGCCCGGCCGCCGCUCCCACGCCCAGGAGCGGUGUUGCUGGCGGCCCUACGCACUGGUGGUUCCGAGCAGCGGGAGCGCCCCGCAGCUCUCCCAGGGCAUCCGGGCCUGCUGAGCGAUCCGCACUCGCUUCGGGGCCCGGGAGGAAGCCCUGGCCCCGCGGAGCAGGAGCUGGGCGGCUCCAUGGGGCUCCCGGGCGCCCUCGGGGGGCGGAGGGAAGGUGCCGAGGCCCCCAGAGCCUCGAAGACCGCGUGGCCCGAGUCCCCGAGCAGGGACAGGCGGUCUGCGGGCGUGAGCGCGGCGCAGCAGGAGACGGCUCUGCAGCGGCUGCUGGAGCUGCACAGUGAGGCCAGGCGUCGGCGGCAACAGGACCGCGAGCAGCAGCGGCUCCGGGUCUUGGAACGCCUCCGCAUCGCCAGGAACCGCCACUGCCGCGUGCAUCCCUUGAGACCCCCACCGAGCCCGGCUCAGCUCCCACGACAGGCAAGACCCCUAGGCGAAGGCGGUGGGGCCGCCAAAACCCUGCCUGGGCGGGGGACGGGGCGCGACCUGGGUCCCUUUGACUUGCGCGCACCGCGCACUUGCGAUGACACCUGCGGAGCGGGAGGGGCCGGCCUGCCCGGCUGCUGCCCUCUGCUGGCCGCAUCGAGCCCCGGGGCUGGGAGGCGCGGGCGCUCAGCGCUCGGCGCCGCCCCAGGAGGACGCGGCCGGGCAGCGGAGCGCCCUGCGGGAGCAGCUGAAGCAAAUGCAACGGGAGAGGACCGGGCGGCUGCGAGCCCUCGGGGCCAGGAACACCCAGAACUUCCAGCAACUUCUGUGGCCCCCUGGCUCUGAGGAGCCUGCGCCUGGAGAGCAUCGCUCACUCUUCCCAGCCCUCUCUGGUCACUGCUGAAUCCUCAAAGGGACGAUUAAAGAGACGGGGAUUUAAGGAAAAAGCAAGAGGGCAACCUGUAGGUCAGAGGUAGUUUCAGAAAGGCCCGGAACGCAGCCUCAGGGCCUGGGGAGAGCCAGACACAGACACGCAUGGCACUUUCGGCCCACCACGUGUGUUAUUUCUUCUUCCCUCCCCUAAGCCCACUGCCUGGCCCAAGGUCAGAGGGCCAGGUCCCGGGGGUCAAGCAGUGCGAAGGCCCCAUUCUUGCGGAAGAAAGAUUCAAUGCGGCACAUCUUGCAGGAGACCAGUUCUUGCUUCACUGGGGGGCCUGGGAAAAGAUGUCAGAGGCCAGGAAUGGAUUCCUGGGAAAGGAACUCGCAGAGCCCGGGAGCCCUGCCUGCAUAACCCUAGGAAUCUGCCUGUGUUGUAUCCACUUUGAGCUGGAGAAAACAUGUGACUGAGUAGUCUCACUUGAAAUUCAUGACCACAGACAGCAAAGGGACAUGUCUCAUCGCCCAGAAAACCCACAACACUCCCUGGCAUAUUCUUUUCCCCACACCUGGACUCUUCAUCUCCAGCUGCACCAUUGCCUUCGCUCCUCUCCUGCCCAGCCGAUGACCAUGACUCAAUCCAGAUGGACAGCCUUCUGGCCAAUACCAUCUCCCUACCCCUCGCUGUGUCCUCUGCCUUCUCCAGUUUGAUCCAGCCCUGGAGCUCCCUGGAAUCAAUUUCAGUCCAAAGCUAAGGGCCAUGGCUUCUACCUCCCCUGCUUGGAAGGCUCCCAACCGAACAGCUAAUGAAGAUGAGGGUGCAUGCUGGUGUAUUCCUUACGCUGCCUUCGGGUGUCAACUCGCAAGAGAGUCGAGUGCUUGCAAUGCCCGGAGCCUGCUCUACGGGUGAAAUGUGGGAGCCCCUGCAGGGGAGCUGAGACUAGCCCCCUCCGGGCCUGGACCCUCCGGACGCUCAGCUCUGGCGGGCCAGGCUUGGCCAAGGGGCUGGCGCCCGCCCGUCACGAGCUCUGUUCCCCUUCUUUCCUGACACACGGUCAUGUGACAGGGGGGAGUUUGUGGAUCCGACAUAGCUCCGGUCCCACCGAGACCCAAAAGGGAACUUGGGACGCGGAGGCCCCCUUUUCGGAAGCGGAGGUGGACCGACUUCCUCGACCCUCUUGGACGGGGUCUGACACUUCGGCCAAGGUCUGGAAGCCCAGGGCCGCCCCCCGCCUUCUCCCCGCGCUCCCACCAGGCAGCUGAAGGUCCCGUUCAGGCCUCGCGGGCUACCGUACCGGAAAGUGUCUUCGAUCUCAUUGAUGGUAGUAUCUUUCUCCACCACCAGGAAAUUAGGGUGGCGGUUCUUGUUAAGCUCCCCUAUGCCGCCCAGCAGGAAGCCAGUCACCGUGUCCUCGUCUCCGAUCACCGCAAUUAGCUUCCCCCUCCCCGCCAUCCUCACAGUCCGGCAACGAUCAGCCGCAGCCUCCGGGUGUCACCAAAGCCCCGCCGCGGCAGUGCACCUCCUUUUCGGCCGCACCUCCCCCCGCCCCGCUCUUUAGGCAUGCGCAGUUCCACCACUCCGCCUCCCGGGACAUGCGCAUUAAGAGCAAAAGCGCCUGAAUCCGAAUACGGCUGCGCCAUAAAAGGGAGGUCCGAACCGGGGAGCUACGGUUCCCAGAAGUCCACGCGGCACAGCAGUCUCUCGGAGGCGCGUUCGAUCGGUAAGUUCGACGAACUUGUUGAGGCUACUGCUGUUAGGCGCCGAGACGCCAAAGAAAAGACGGUACCUGUUCUCGAGAGUAAGGUCCGAGUCUGUAUCGUGUAUGUACGUAACUGUGACACAGCUAGUGUUAUUUAUUCAGUUAAUAAAAGGAUGGGCAAGUUAAUGAUGAUACUCUGUAGUGAGGUAGAGCGUUGACAAAGCACUGUGUCAAUUGCUAAAACGUGAGAAGUACGUGGAAGCAAACAUCAGGUGUAACUAACCCAUGGGAGAGGGGGCGCGCAGAGAAGGCCGCCAGCAGGAUGAAGGGCUAGAGGUGAGGACGAGAGGGUGUUCUCAGGAAGAGGAGCAGCACGUGCGAACACUUAGCGGGGACUAGAGAGAAUAAGUGCCUUUAAGAAAAGAUAAAGAAUCUGGAAGUUAUCCUGAGGACAGAGUUGUUCUGAAGCCACUGAAGGAUUUUAAGCAAGAGAAUGAUAUGGCCAGGUUUAUGUUUUAGCGAUAGCAUUGAGAUCGUGCUGUGUGUGGAGGUAAGACUAAGAUGGAGAAACCAUUGUGGUAAGAGAUGGUGAUGGCCAGAAAGAAGCCAGGGAGUGGGGAUGGGGAAUGUGAGAGUCAGGUGGAGUCAAGAGAUAUUUAGAGACAAAAAUGGACAGAACUGGGUUUGCGGUUGGUUAUGUUUGGGAAGUUAGACCAGGUGACUUCCAAGUUUCUGGCCUGUGCAGCUAGGUGGACAGGAGUAACAUUCCUCAGGGAGUGAACUCUGUAUGAGAUGAACAUGUCGAAGGAGAGAGGUCCGCUCGCUCCUCCACCCUUUUAACAAAAAGGCGUCCUGCAUCUGGCAUGUGAUUUGCAAGUUUAGAGCACUUGAGACAUCCAGAUGGUCUGGUCUAUUGGUUAUCUCUGUGAUGGGCCUGGGAUUUGGACAUACCUGGUUUGAAUCUCGACCCUGCUACUUAGAGGUAUGAUUUGGGACGCAUCACCAAAGUUCUCAGGACCGUGAUCUCUUCAGAUAAUACUAUGCCCACCUCAUAGGCCGUUAGGAUUGAGGUAGAGGCACUAAAUGCAGAGCACCUGUGGCCAUACUGCAGUUGGGGGAGAGCAGCUGAGCUGGAUAUCUAUCCAUAAACACAUCCGCUCACAGGUGGAGGGCAGCCGAAGCUGAGGAGGCCAGCAAACCUUGCAGGAAAACGCUCCCAUCUGGGGGCGAGGUGGGAGGGAAGGCAGAGAGCGAGGAAGGGUGUGUGUAGAAGCACUUGGCUCAGUGCCUGGCACAGAGCUGACCCUUAACGGCCACGAAUGGUUGGGUACUUGAGAAGGGAUCCUGCCUUUAAAGGGUCCGUCAGGUAAAGUAGGGAGCUGAGACAGUGCCACGUUUAUCACACACGCCUUCAUUCAACCAGCAUUUAGCAAAUGUGGUCAUGGAGAGGCUGAGGACACAAGAUUGAUAAAAUACAAUUUCUGUCCUCAACUCCCUCGGGACUGAGGGGAGAGUAAAAAAUAUCACAGGGAGGGAGGUAGACCUACAGAAGAAAGUGGGCCCUAGAAGAGUCUUGCAGGGGAAAGGUAAGAAGAAACUUAAAGAGGAGCCAGGAGGCAGACAGCCUAUUGAGUGAAGAGGCGGGGGGAGGGGGUGUUUGGAGCCAGGCCACGUGUGUUGGGUUUUCUUUGGCCUACCCAAAGAAUCAUUGGGGGAUCAGUUGAGUGAAAUGCUGCUUUGCCCUGCUCUGGCUACUCAAUUGCUCAUUUACUCAUUGGUCACACUUGUCUGUAUCGGACCGCCCAGGGAGCACAGUCUGGUGAGGGAGACCGACCCUCAGAUACAAGGUCACAGAUGAGGGUAGUAAAUGCAGCCAGAGAUGUGCCCCAGGUCAGUAUGAGAGCUGGGGGCAGGUCUAGAAGGACUAGAAGGACAGGAAGGGGUUUGGGAAAGCUUCGUGUUGGCCAGGAAGAUGAGGAGGGUGGAGAGGCAAGGGUGUUCCUGGGCAGAGCCCCAAACUGCAGCACGGCUGCCUGGGAAACUAGAGGUUGUGGAGAGGGUUAGAGGUGGAGGGUGCAGUGAGGAAUGGGCACAGUGCCCGACUGGGGGCUGGGGGCCUUUUUUUUUAAGAUGUUGGGGGUAGAAAUUUAUUAAUUAAUUUUUGCUGUGUUGGGUCUUCGUUUCUGUGCGAGGGCUUUCCCUAGUUGUGGCAAGCGGCGGCCACUCUUCAUCACGGUGCGCGGGCCUCUCACUAUCGCGGCCUCUCUUGUUGCGGAGCACAGGCUCCAGACGCGCAGGCUCAGUAGUUGUGGCUCACGGGCCUAGUUGCUCCGCGGCGUGUGGGAUCCUCCCAGACCAGGGCUCGAACCCGUGUCCUCUGCAUUAGCAGGCAGAUUCUCAACCACUGCGCCACCAGGGAAGCCCCUGGGGGGCUUUUUGAAUGAAUGGGUAGGAAGGCUGGUGUCUGAACCUAUAGGCCUUGGAGGCCUUGUUAGGACACGUAGACUAGCCUGGAGAGAAGGGAGCCACAGAAGGGCCCUGGGCCAGAGAGGGCCAUAGUCCCUGUGAUGUGACCCCGCCCUCUGGCUGCAGUGUGGAGGGCUAGUUGGAGGGAGCUGGCUGGUGGGCCAGGAAGGCUAGUGGAGGGGCCAGUUCAGGAGGGAGGACCUAAGCCAGGUCAGGGCUGGAGGUGGGGAGGGAGCAGGCCCAGCUUUGACCCAGGACCUGGCUGGAGUGAAAGGUUCCUGGGUUUGUGCCUGCCUGCUGGGUGAGGAGCAUUACUGCUUGAGCCAGUGCUGUUUUAAGGUCCUAAAAAUUUUGAGAACAUCCUUGAGAUCAGGCUGAGUGGAAACUGGCCUCCUGGUGGUCCUAGGGCAGUCUUCUAGAACAUAGUGUCCACCUCCCUCUCCCACCCACCAGCUCUCCAGGAAUCUGAGGACCAAGCCCACAUCCCUGGCAUGCCCCCCCAGCCCCUUCUUUCAAGCAUUCUGUCAACAUUCCAGACCUCCCCAAACAGAUGGCCCAGAGGGGGCCGCUCUCUGCCCCAGGCCCUCCCCCUUGACCUGACUCAGUCCUCCAGGGGAGAGGCAGCCAGCCUCUGCUUCCCAGGGCCUGGUGGCCAGCCGUGGGGAGCACACACACAAGGAACAGCCAGGCCUCUGCGACAGGCGGCACUUUAUUUGUUUUCCACCUAAACGGCUCCCAGCUGAGCCGCAUGACAUGUGCAAAAGCCCCCCAGAAAGCUGGGCCUCGCAGUGUGUAAAAAAAAAAAGCCCCCCAUGGGGCAGAGCUGUGCAAUCUUAAAAAAAAAAGAGAAAUCAGUCCCCCAGGAAGCCUGGCUGGUAUCUCAAUUGCCCGGGGCCAGGACACGCACCAAGCCUGCUGCUGCUGGGUCCAUUUUCUCCUGCGAUUGUGCUUUCUCUUCCAAGUCCUUAACGCUCUGGGGUUGUGGCCACCAGAGGGGCCGGAUGCAGUCCUCAGUGGCAAGGAGGCCCCGCUGGCAGUGCAGUUUGAGGGCGACCUCUCUCACACAUGCAGACACCCCCAGACACGUGCUCCCCCACUGGCCUCAGCCCCGCCAGAAAACUCAGGGCUUCCCUGGCCCCCCAACCUCCAGUUCGCCCUCAUGUCACGUCUGAGGCAGGGACACUGCCCUGAGACGGACGAGGCCUUCCAACCCGGGGGGGCAGGGAGGGGGGCAGUGCCACUCCUUCCACCCCCAGGGCAGGUGUUUGUGGUGUCUGAUUCUGCGUGCGUGCAUCUGGGUGUGGCCUGUUUGUGUGUGUGUGUGUCUGUGAGUGUGUGUGGCCAGAGGUGGGGGCCGAGGCCGGGGGAGGCACUUCUGGGAUUCAGGGCACAUUGACUUUGAAGGGGCUUCCAGGGACACUUUCGUCGCCCCACUUGACGAUGAGGAUGUAAUCCCCUUUCUCCUUGACGGUGUAGGUGACGUUGUACACCCGGUUCCCCAUGUGCUUCACAUACACCUCCUCACAGGGGGUCUUGGGUCCGUGCACACCCACCAUCAUCAUGUUGGUGCCUGGAGAGAGAGGGAGCGAGGGUCAGGCUCACCCCAGGCCCUUGGGCCCACGUUCCCACGCACCUGCCCACCCUGGGGGUCUGCCCCCUUUCCCCCCGCUGCCUGCCUGCUUUGCUGCAGUCCACGGUGAACGAGUUCUUCUGGCCCACAAAGGCCUGGGACAGCCCAGGGCCCCGUGUCACCACCUUGCUGGCAUCUGAGGAGAACUUGGGGAUGGAGCUAUAGCUGGAACCCCGACUUGAGGACGACUUGGUCACAGUCUCCACCAGGACCGUGGACGUUUCGUGAAGGCUGUGGCCUCCAGACAGCCGGGGACCUGAGAGGCAGAGUGGGUGGCCACGAGCCUAGUCAGAGGCCUGCUCUUCCCCAGGCGGUAGGCCGUGUGCCAGCACUGACAGCCCCGCGUCCCCUUCCUCAGAUGCAGCGUGCUAGGAGUGGCAGCCCGUUCCAAACGGCUCCGGGGCAGGCUUAUCUCGAGGUCUGGAGCCUCGAUGGCUCCCCCCACACCCGACUUCUGGGCUUUGCCUGGGACCCCAAGUCACAGGGUAGAGUCCUGCUUUGAAAAGGAACAUGUAUCCAACUAAUCCUUCACGCAGCUUCCAAAAGGAAAGCUGGCUGAAACUUUACUGAGCUCUGUCUUCUUGGAAGCCAGAAAUGUGGGAAGAGGAGGGCAGAAAGUUAAGCAAAAGCUUGGGGAGCCGCCGCAGGGAAAAGGUUAGUCAAGUGAUGGACGAUAAAGAGCAAGGACUUGAUUUUUUUAAAUGAUGUACAUGAGUCCACGUGGAGAAUGGGGUGACGUGUAAAGCCAGGCCCACUUUAUUCCUGGUAACCUGACCCCGAUGUUUGGGGCAUAUGACCCGGAUGUGAAUGGCCACUGGAGCCAGCCAGUAUGGAAUGGGCUGGAGGGACCUUCCCCCCACCCAGGACACUCACCUGUGACUUUGGCCUUGAAGGGGCUGCCCACAAUGUGCUGGGGGCCACCAUACUUGAUGGCAAUGAGGUAGUUGCCAGGGGCCAUGGGAGUGUAAGUGACCACGUGGCCCUCAGGACAUUCCCGACAGUCCAGCUGCACCUUGGAGGGGCCGUCGAUGGUGACAGACAAGGCCCCCGAGCCCGCAUUCAGGGUGUUGACAAUGAACUCCGAUGACACUCCUGGGGACCAGAGAGGUAGCAAGGGUGUAGACAGGAAGGGCUUGGGGUCCAGAACUGGGAUGGGCCCAGGCUCCCCGGAGCAGGUCUCAUCAGCGCUGCCCCGCCUCUGGGGCAGACCAAUGUCCACCCCUCCUCCCCAGCCCCAGGCACUCACCUGUAGUGCCUCCCUCGAGCCCAGGACCAUAGGCUGACACCAAGCCUGGGUCCCCAGCCUGGCUCUGCUCCCCAACUCGGAUCUUGAAGGGACUGCCAGGGAUGUGGGCACCGUUGAACUUGACGUCAAUGGAGUGGACGCCAUUCUCGUGGGGGAUGAAACGGAUGGUGUGCUUGUCUGUGGGUCAGACGUUGGUGGGUGAGCCUUUGUCCUUCCCUCCCCUUCCCAGAAAGUCCCAGCCUGGCAGGGAGAGGGCCAGCUCACCACUGUCCAGCUCAGAGACGUAGCACUCCUCCACCGCACCCGAGGGCGUGUGCACCCUGGCAUCGAUCACGCCCCGGGCACCAUUCAGCUGCACCGCAAAGGACGCCGGCUGGUUCACCUUGAGCCCCGUCUCCUGCAGAGGCCACAGAGGGUGCUCAGACUCCUGGCAGGGUCUGGAGGGCUCGUCUCUGCAGCCCGGCACUGAUCUCACUGCACGCCCAGCCCAGCUCAGGGAGGCUCUGAACAGGGCUGUGAUGGGAGGUGGAGGCAGGGUCUGUGGCCUUGGCAUCCACCUGCUAUGAGGUGGGGCCACCUGGCUGUGGCUGGGCAUGGUGGGGACGACACAUGACGUGCCCUGUCCUGGUUGAGGAGGUAAGACCCAGAAACCAUAAAGCAGGCCUGUCAGCAGAGAAGCCAGUGCUAGGACGGUGCUGUGUGUGGACUGCAAACAGUAGCUGGGAUGAGGAAGGAGGGGUGUGGCCUAGACUGCCCUGGGGGCGCUCUAUGGGGGAGGUGGGCCGAUGGGGAGGCUCCCAGGGGAGGUGAAGAUUGGGGCACAGAGCCCAGUUCUAAAGUAGGGGUAGGGGACAGGGGAGGAGAGGCACAAGGGCUCCUGAGGGGCAGCUGGGAGGGGGAAUGGAGUCCCCUGCUGUACAGACACUGGGAGAGAGGGGACAUCUGUCUGUCUGGACCUUCCAAGGUCACCGCUAAGUCCCUGGCCACAUGGGCCUGCCAUCCUCUACUUCUGCCCAUCUCUCAGGGUGGCAAAGGGGCCCCCAGGCACACACCUGGAGGCUAGUGACAGUGAGACGGCGAGCGUCGUCUGAGAGGGAGGCCACGGGUACCACAAAAGGGCUGUCUGGGAUGUGCUCAUCGUUGAACUUGAUGGAGACUUCAUAGUCACCUGGGGAGGGAAGGCCAGUCAGCACAGGCCCCAGGACUGGGGACAGCAGGGUGGAACCCCCUCCACCCUGGCCUCAUCCCAGAACAAGCUCCUGGGUCGGGGCUCAGCUCUGGAGACAGACGUGCAUUCCCAGGAGUGUGGGGUGGAGGGAGACAGGGCAGAGAAAGAGCGGCAGCCCAGGUGAAGAGUUGGUUCAGUAGCCCCAUCUCCUGCCUGGGCGAGCAGAAACCCAGUCUGGAAGGUCAGGCAGGCCCAGCCCCGUGGUGGACACCCACCUGGUUCCUGCACAACAUAGGAGACCCCACAGGAGCCAUCUUUGCGGUCCUCAAAUGCAAUCUCCGCCUUGCUGGGACCCUCCACAGCAAUAGACAGGCCCCCAGCACCCGCUUCUCGGGUCCAGAUGCUGAACUCGGCUGCAGAUGGAAACGGGACAGGGGCAGCUCCUCAGCACCAUGGUCCACCCUGGUGGCUGCCCUGCCCCCGCCCCCCGCCCUGGCCCCCUGCCCCUUACCUGGCACGCCGGCCACCCCUCGCUCCAGCCCUGUGCCUCCAGCUCGCACCUUAUGGGCACCGCCUUCACCCAGUGGCCCCACGGUGAACUGAAAGGGGCUGCCUGGCACAUGCUGGCCGCGGUACUUGACGGUGACCGUGUGGGGCCCCAUCUCCUGGGGCACAAAGCGCACACUGUACGCGCUGUCCUCUCCCUCCACGAUCUCUGCGGCUUCCGUCUUGCCUGACGGGCUGGUCACCUGUGCGGUCAUGUCCUGAGAGCUGGCCUCACCUGCAGCAGGUGGGGAAUGUCAGGGCGACACGGGGGCUGCUCCUGGCCCUGGCCCUUCCCUCCCUCCCUCAGUAAAACCCCCUCCUCCACUCAGACCAACAGCCGCCCCCUCUUGUCCCGAGGGACGGAGAGCCCAGCCUCCCUGUGAAGACCCCAGCCCCGCCCUGCUCACCCUCCUGCUGCCGGGUGAUGCUGCCAAAAGAGCCCAGGCGUUCCCGGCCCAGGAAGUCCCCGAAGACGGCGGGGAAGGGGUCUCCGCCAACCUGGGUGGACUCCUCCACCCGCACCUCACGCUUGGUCUCUCCGCCCCGAGUCUUGCUGAUCUCCGUGCGCUCUGUGCGGGUGUACGUGUGGCUGCUGCGCGUGAAGGUGCGCGUCAGGCGCUCCUGGGCCGACACCAUCUGGAACCAGUUCCCUGUGCGACGCAUGGAGCCCAAGGCGGGGAGGAAGGUAAGAAACGAGCCAGCAGGACAGAGACAGUGGGGGCAGGCCCUGGGCCUUCCCCAUUGCCCUGCUCCCGCCCCCACCCCCACCCCCCGGCUCCUGCCUCCCACCUGGGAUCUUGAGGUUGAGGUCACAGGUGCUGCCGAUGGUGGCAAUGGACGGCGCCUGCCUGCGCCGGGUGAUGCUUUCCUUCAUGCGGCCCUCGCCUGUAACCUUCACCGUGAAGGGGCUUCCUGUAGGGGAGAAAGGGAGGGUCGGGCGUCUCAGAUCACUCGUCGCUGGCCUCCUGGCCUGUCCCAGCAGCAGCUCAGCGCCUUACCAGGCACGUGCUUGUCGGCAAACUUGAUGUUGAUGAUGUAGGUGCCCGGUUCCGUGGGGCAGUAGGUAACUUUGCAUGUGCCGUCCUCCAUAUCCUCACAGUUGAUGUCCACCUUGCUAGGGCCUUCAAUACUCAGCCCCAGGCCCCCAUAACCUAGCAGGGAACAAGGGACACGUCUCCCUCAGUCCCCACUGCUGUUCUGCUCUCCCCUCCCCAAACUACAGGCUCUGUCCAGAACAGGCACCCAAGGUGUAUCAACCACUAACAAAAGAUGCCUCAGCAGGAGGAGAAGGGGUGAGCCAGGCACUGACCCAGAGGGUCGGGGAUAGGUAGUCUGGAAAAUUCCUAAGGCAGGCCUCUUGGGUUCUAGUGAGCAACAGAGAGCCAAACUCAGUAAAGCUGAGCUUUCUCUGAAACAUGGGAGAAGUGACAUGGGGACAUUCACUCUCCCCAAAGGGGCCCCAGAAUGUGAAUCUCAGCAGAGACUGGGCCAGGAAGUUCAGGGAGGAGUGUACGGCCAAGGGGCACGGGGCAGGAAAGGACUAGUCGUCACUGGCGGCACAAGCUGAAAUGAGGGGUCUCUGGGGCAAGAAGCACCUGCAUUACGAGUGUCCACGAUGAACUCCGCCACCUGGAACGUGUGUCCCUCGGACAGGCCCUUGCCCCAGACCCGCACCUUGCUGGCAUCCCCGAUCUCAGACGGUCCCACCAGGAUCUUGAAGGGGCUGUUGGUGACGUGCUUGCCGCUCUUGCGCACGCUCACCACAUGCUCCCCAACCUCCUUGGGGGUGAAGGAGAUGCCUGUUGGGAGGGAGGUCAGGCAUGAAUGGAGCCCUGGGCCUGGCAGUGUUCCUUUGCGGCUGCCCCCACCUUCCUCGCCCCCCCCACCCCGCCGGGCCCCUCCCAUGGCCCCGUGCUCACCAAUGUGCCGGUUGGGCAGGCGCUUCAGCAGGCAGGGCUCCUCGUUGCCCGAGGGGGCGCGGAUGCUGGCGGUCAGCAGGCUCAGGUCACUCUCGGUGAUCUUCAGUGACACAUCCGUGGAGGUGCCCACGUUCAGCUGUGACGUCCUCAUUGAGUCAUCACCUGGGGGAGAGUUGGCAUGUCAGGCAGUGUGACUCCAGGCAGGCCCUGCCCUCAUGGAGAUCAGGAGACUUCCUGGCAGCCCCUGCUGGACUCAACAGAGUCUGGGGACCACCCAGAGGCACAGAGAGACCAGGGAGAGCGCAGUCUCCAUUCACACCCAGCUCCCCUGGGGAUGCCCCAGUCCUGAAUGGGUUAAAUCCCUAAUUUACACGAAUGUAAAUCCUGAGUCACGUGAUUGCAUGGAACCGAAAAACUAGACUGGGCCAGACAGCCCAUAGCCCUUUCCUGCUGUGUGGCUCUGAUCAAGUUGCUUAGCCCCUCUGGGCCUGCUGGCUUCCUCAUCUAUCAAAAGGGAUUAUCAGUACCCUGACUUAAAAAACUCAACAAGAUUUGUUUUCAAAGGGUGGCUGGAUGUUUCUCACCUGCUCUAGAGGAUAGAGUGUUCCUUACAUUUAUCCAAAAAUGACCUCUUCCACCUCGAGGGGGCCCUACCCUAACGCCCCGGUGACUUACUUGAACAUGCUGGGCUUGCACAUCCGUUGUGUGCUGGGGUGUGUGUGGCAGGCUGUGUGCCCACACGUCCACCCACCUGUGAUCUUGGCUGUGAAGGGGCUCCCCGGAAUGUGCUUGUCGUCAAAUCGCACGAUGAUGCUGUAGUCUCCAGGCGCCGUGGGGAGGUAGGACACGGUGCAGGUGCCAUCCUUGUUGUCCUUGCAGGUGAUCUCUGCCUUGGACGGGCCCUCCACGGCCAGGGACAGACCCCCUGUGGGUGGAGGAAGGGCUGAGAUCAGAGGUCCUGCCCUCACCCCUGCACUGGCUGCCCCCACCCAGCUCCCCUCACCUUCCCCAGCAUCCUUGGUGACGAUGGUGAAGGUGGCCGGCUUGUUGACCAUGCCAUGGCUCAGGCCUGGCCCAUAGGCACUGACGUGGCGGCUGUUGAUGGCAUCCACGUAGAACUGCAGGGGGCUCCCUGGGGGUGGUCGGAGAAAGGGGGCUGGGUCAAUAGUGAGGACAGGAGCUGCCUGAGCCCACCUCGGCCCCCGCACCUCCCCACAGGCUCCCUGCUGAGCCCUGCAUCUCUGCCACAGGGGCCUCCCACCAGGGCACCAGACUUCCCAGGCCUCACAUGGUGUCUGCACACAGCAGGUGCUCAAUAAAGAUUUGUUGAAAGAAGGCAGAUGAGGGUGAAGUCACUAUGGGCUCCUCUCAGCCCAGCCAAGCCCAGCCUGGCCCCCGACUCACCAGGGAUGUGGUUGCCGUCAUACUUGAUCCCCAUCUGGUGCAGGCCUUUCUCGGUGGGUGCGUACCUCACCGUGAUGGUGCCAUCCUUGUUGUCAGUGAUGCUGGGCCGGGCGGUCUUCCCAGAGGGCAUCCGCACCUCCCCUGCCAGGCAGAGGGUUAAGUGGGGGACCCCAGUUUCUCCUACCUCAACCCCCUUUGCUGCCCCAGGCCCCCACUCCUGUGUGGUUCUGCUUCUACCCCAGAGGUCAGGCACCAGGAGACAGCCUGGAGCGUCAGGAUGAACCCUGACCUGGGAGACAGAAAGCUGGAGUCUGAGUUCCAGCUCUGCCCAACUUGCUGUGUGACCCUGGGUAGCUUGCUUCCCUGCUCUGGGCCUGGACGCAGGUGUCCUCCCUUUGAGCCCUCAUGCCUCAGGGCCCCGGGGCAGUACCUGUGAGCUCCCCUUUCUGCACAGUGAAGGGGAUGACCAGGUUGAAGGGUCUCAGCAUGGACUCCAUUGGCUCCACGGGCACCACUGGCUCCUCUGUGGCCUGUGGCAGGUGAGAGGGAACAGUCAUUGGCUGGGGAAGGCCUGGGGAGCUUGGCCUGAGCCAUGACUGAAGUCAGAGCAAAUGAGCAAAGAAAAAGAUGGUUAAUGGUGAAGACAGAGGGCAGGAGAGGCGUGUCAGCUGCAAGGGAAGAGGUGCCGCGCCCAGCCUGGGGAUCCGUCUGCCCAGCCUGACUCCCGCCUGCUCCCCCAAGAUGACGCCAAACCAUGCCCCAGUCCUGGCCCCUGAAGAAGAGAAGAAAUGAAGGAAGAGGAGGAGGGGGGCGAGGUGUGGCCCGGGUGGGAGGUGGCAGUGCCCAGUGUGCGGGGUAGGUACUGGGCCUGUGCAGCUGCUCAGUCAGAGGGCUCCUCCACGCGGGGCAUGGAGUCUCACGCCUGGGAAGCCAGGCGCGGGAGGGCACAGGACGCAGCAAGCCGGUACACGCCAGCUCGAGUGACCAUGAGCUGACGCAGAGAAUGGCCCAGGGACCUGAAGUCCCGGGCUACCCACAGGGCAGGAUGGAUAUCUUGGGUGCUCUACCCUCUGGAGGGCUUCAUCGUCCUGCAGGGCCACCCUGGGGAGAUAUACAGGGACAGUGGGCCCGGGGGUCAGAAGGAACACGGCAAGUUCCACCAGAGAGAGCUGACCAACCACCAGAGGGGACAGAAGCAGGGCUGUGCUCACCUCCUGGGUUGGGAGGCUGCAGGGAAAGCAAAGACUCGACUCUGGGGCACUCUGGGUCCCUGAUCCAUCAGAUGUGGGGACAGGUUCUGGGAUCCCCUGCUACCACUAAGAGGGCCCGGCCCACCUCCCCAGCCGCCCUAGUCCCACUGUGGCCGCGGAGCUUACCAGCACGUGGAAGGGACUGUUGGGGACGUGCUCGCCUCCAAAGCGGAUGGUGAUGACGUACUUGCCCGGCUUGGGCGCUGUGUAGUAGAUGUCGAAGGUGCCGUCGUGGUUCUCAACCACAUCUACGUCAAGCUCUGCCCCAUCCGGCGUGGACACCGUGCACGUCACCUUCCCCUUGCCUGCUGCCUUGGCGUCCACCGUGAUCACCGUCUCCUCCCCAAUCUGGAUGCGGGGGCCCAGGCAGGCACCUGCCACACAGGAAUGUUCGGUCAGGGGUCCGCGGGCCUGUGCCCAGCCCCCCACAGUUCCCCACUCUCCCACCACCUCAGCCCACAGCAGAAAGAGAGGAGAAGGGGCACUCACCCAGGCCAUGGCCUCCGAUGGACACUGGAAAUGGAGAAGAGUGUAAGCCACGCAGUGCUCAGGAUGGGGGGGUGGGGGAGGGGGAGGGGGAGGGGCAGGGGAGGCGGGGUGAGUGCCCACCUGUGACCAGGCACUUGCUGGCGUCCCCAGUGGGCAGGGCGUGGAUGCGGAAGGGCGAGUAGGGGAUCUCAUCGCCGCCAUACUUGAUGGUGAUGGUGUACCGGCCACUCAUGUCCGGGAGGUAGGACACGGUGUACGUGCCAUCCCCAUUGUCUCGGAUGUUGGCCUUCUUGGGCUUACCCUCAGGGUCCUGGGGGAGGAACAGAGGUCAAGGCCAGCCUGUGCCCAGAGCCUCAGCUGAGAGGGGGGCGGCACAUGGACUCACCAGGAUCUGGACAGUGAGCAAGCCCUCCCCAGCAUCCCGGGCAUCGAUGGUGAACUCCACAGGCAGGCUGGCAGGGAUGCCAGAGGCAUUGAGCCCGGGGCCACUGGCCCGCACCUUGCUGGCAUCGUGGGCUGGAAGCACCUUGAUCUUGAAGGGGCUUGAGGGGCAGAAGGGAUGGACAGUUGGCUCAAGCUCUGGGGCAAAGGGAAUCCCUUCUCGUUUGGGGCCUGGAGUCCUCCCCACAUUCAUGAGCAGGGGAGAUGACUCCUGGCAGGGAGGAGGGACCAGGUCACAGCCUGAGUCUGGGGGAGGGUCACACAGCUGUGCCCCUGACAAAGCCUGAGCAUUUCUUCUCCAUUCUCCAGGAAGAUGCCGUGAAUUGUUUAAAGAGGAGGAUGCAGGAGGCUGCCCUCUCGCACCUUUUUGUAGCUACAUGGUGCCUUUUCCCAAGGCACUAAUUUUGUAAAUUUUGUAUCUACAUGGAGGGACAGCCCAGCCAGAGGAGAGCCCCUGGGGCUGUGCCACCUCCAGGGUGGAGACAGGCAGGGGGCCCUGAGGAAGAGCGGGAUGGGGCAGCAGAGAUGGGAUGAGGCGAAGACAAGUAGGAGGGGUGUUUCCAGGGCCCUGCAGUGGCCCUGCAGGUGCGGCCCUGGUGGGAGCUCCCCAGAGCUCAGCACAGCACAGGAGCCCAAAGCUGGGCCUCACCUGCGUGGCACCUCCUGGUCGGCAUACUUGACAGCGACUGUGUAGGGCCCGUCGGUGGCUGGGGUGUAGUGCACGGUAUGGGUGCCAUCUCCAUUGUCACGCACCUCCACAGGCUCAGCCACACCUGGGCAAGGGGAGCAGGGUCAGCAAAGCCUCUUGGCAUCACUUCUGCCUCCCUCCACCCUGCCCCAGACAUUCCAUACCUGUGGGGCUCAGCACGGCCACCUGCAGGGCGGCCCGGCCAGCUUGGCUGCAGUCCACCUUGAAGGUCUGGGGUACCCGGGCCCUGACACCGGCUCCCAGCCCUGGGCCAGAGCACUUCACCUUCCCAGGGUCCACCACAUCCUUCACUGGCACCCGGAAUGGACUCCCUGCAAGGAGAGGGACAUCAGCGCCUACCCACCUGCCCAGGAGGGUCUACCUGACACCGACGAACGAGGAGGAGGACGACGCCUUCCUUGCCUUUGAAAUGCCCCAGGGAGACCAGACCAAAUGUGCAAACGCUUAGAGACUUGCUAAGAAAAUGUAAACAAGGAAAAUAAGCUUGGCUGCUUGGCUACGGACUGCGGCUGGGCAAAUCCACUUAUUUAGGCCACAAGCCUGGAAGAAGGCCUUCCUAAAUUAAUAAAAUGUUAAAAGUGGA